AUGUCGAUGCCUCGUGCAGACUCCGUUCGACAAGCCAUGGCCGACAUGCCGAGGGCCCUCCAAUGCGAAAGCCUAGCCGAAGAAACUUUCCCCAAACUCAAUAAACUUGCCGCUGACCUGGUUCGUAAGGAUACAGGACUUAUCUUGUUAUGGGCCAAACGCGAUAUUCCAAUCAACAUUCUCCAGUGCAAUGGUCAACGUAUUCCUCGAAGGCCAGCAGCACGGACUGAAGCAUGCAAAGCAUAG